UGUGAUGGUUAUGUGCUAGAAAUUGAAAUCUUGCUAUCUACCUAAUUAUAUAGGGGCCAGGCCACAAUGCCAUCUCUAGUUAUUCUUAAGAAAGUCACUGUUUGCUGCUGAACUAAUUAGGGUCAGAUGACCUCUUUGUGGCACACUACUUCCAUUCUGCUAGAGAAAAUGUUCUCGGAAGUUUCAUUUUUCAAAAAAACUUAAUGGGCUCAACAGCUUACAACUCAAUUUAUAGCAAUAUUGUUAGGUGACCAAGCCACAAUCAACACUCCAAAUCGAGUCAAGACUACAUAAAGUUGAAAAAAUUGCAAAAAGUAACAAACUUGAGUUAGGCUCAAAUUUGAGAUCUAGAAUAUAAUAGAAAUUUUUCCUACAAAAAAAAUUGACUCAAAACAGAUCUAUUUAGAUCCUGAAAUUAAACAUUGAAAAUCUUUUCGAAUAUAUUAAUUUCCUAAUUCAAACGCGUAUACAAUUGAAUUGGCCCAAAAUGUAGCAUGGGCCACUACAUAGCUAUGUGUUGAACUUGAUAGGCCGUUUCAAAUAUGCAUCUUUUAAGCCUGAUUCAACAACAUUAGAAAAUUAGAAAAAUUACCAUUUUUGCCAUCAAACAGCCAAACUGCUCCAUUGUUUUCCAUCAUUACUACAUCACCUACCAUGGUGCUUAGGAAUUUAUAAGAGCUGCUACAAUGGAUAGCAACAUCAAUUUUAGAACUGAAGUUUUCUAGAGGCUGAGAUGUUUCAUUUACCCAGAAUUUUAAUAUUUAUUGGUACCCUUUCAGUUCCAACGUAAUAAAAGCUUGGGCCAUAAAAUCAACAUGGCAUCGUAAAUACUUCCAACAGAAGCUUCUUUUUCUUUGAGACUUCCACAAAUUCACUAAUUUGUCAAUGCUCACUUUCUUCUUCUUAUAUGACGAUUACUGACGAGAAAUAAAAAACCACCCCCCACCCCCCAAAAAAAAAAAAUCAUCUACAAAUCCCACUUUUCAUUUGUGUCGUUUCAAUUCAACUUUUGAUAACUCAUCUCUCUCUGUGUGCAAGAUGAAUCCCCAUCUCUUCCCAAUCUCUUGUCUUUCCUUCAUGCUUCUUCUAAUCUUAAGCCAUAUUCGAUCUUCCACAGCGAUUGAUCAACAAUAUGCAAACUGCAAUCAGCCUUUUCACUGUGGAAACAUUCCAAACAUAGGAUAUCCAUUCUGGGGAGGCAGCAGACCAGAGUACUGUGGCCACCCGAGUUUCAGCCUAAACUGCCAAGCCGAUGUCCCCCCAAAGAUCACAAUUCAGGCAAGAGAUUACCUCGUCCUUGCCAUCGAUAACACAGCACAGACUCUUACGGUUGUUAGAGCCGAAUUCUGGAACAAUAUUUGUCCCACCACAUACCCCGAUAACGCAACCUUAGAUACUUCCCAUUUCAACUAUAGUUCAAACUCGGAUGAUCUGACAUUGUACUAUGGUUGCCCUGCAAUUGUGGGUACUUUCAAAUUUCCCAAUUGGUUCGGUUGCGAUGGAGGCAACACCGCCAGUUAUUAUCUUACGAGCAGCUUAGUACCUGGCUUCAACAUUAAUUUCGGAGCAUGUAUCACUAGCGUUGUUGUUCGAGUUAAUCGAACAGUGUCUCUUUUUUUGUCAAACACUGCCUUUAAUAAGUGUAGAAGCAGCUGUUGACAGUGGUUUUGGGUUAAUGUGGAAGGCAAA